AUGUCAAUCUAUGGAUAUAGAAUGUCUCUGUGGGCAGAACAUGUUGGAGUGAUCGAGGACUGCUUUACACGACCUGAGUCUCUAGAAUGCGUUCGACGAAUAAGAUCGAUGGGUGAGAUGAACUGGAAGCAAUUUGCAGCUGAAGAAGUAACAGAAAUGAGGGGACACCUGAUGAAGUACCCAGUUGAAGUUGAUAGGAUAGGUAAAGUAAGAUCCCUUCCUGGAUGUGAAACUUUCCCGGAUGUUGGAGGAAACAUAGUUGGAUCCUUUCUUGCCAUUCAGGAGAAUCUAACAAUCUGA